AUGGGGCUCUCUCACGUGCUCUCACACGCUCUCACGCGCUCCCUCACGCGCUCUCUCACACUUUCUCUCACGCGCUCUCUCACGCCCUCUCUCACGUGCGCUCUCACGGACGCCUUCACGCGUCUCUCACGCGCUCUCUCACGCGCUCUCUCCUCGCUCUCACGCGCUCUCUCACGCGCACUCUCACGCGCUCUCUCAUGUGCUCUCCCACGUGCGCUCUCGCGCGCGCUUUUACGCGCUCUCUCACGCGCUCUCUCACGCGCUCUCUCACGCGCUCCCUCACGUGCUCUCUCACGCGCUCUCUCACGCGCACUCUCAUGCACUCUCUCACGCGUCUCACUCGCUCUCUCACGCGCUCUCUCUCACGCGCUCUCUCUCACGCGCUCUCUCUCACGCGCUCUCGCUCAUCUCAUGCGCUCUCUCACGCGCUCUCCCACGCGCUCUCCCACGUGCUCCCUCACGUGCUCUCUCUCACGCACUCUCACUUGCACUGUCACGUGCACUCUCACGUGCACUCUCACUCGCACUCUCAUUCGCUCCCUCACGCGCACUCUCAUCCGCACUCUCACGCGCUCUCUCACGCGCACUCUCACGAGCUCUCUUACGCGCACGAGCACUCUCACGCGCACGCGCUCUCUCACGCGCACGCGCUCCCUUACGCGCAUGAGCUCUCUCACGCGCUCUAUCACGCGCACUCUCAGGAGCACUCUCACGCGCACGCGCUCUCUCACGCGCUCCCUCACGUGCUCUCUCACGCGCUACCUCACGUGCUCUCUCACGCGCUCUCUCUCACGCGCUCUCUCUCAUGCGCUCUCUCACGCGCUCUCCCACGCGCUCUCCCACGUGCUCCCUCACGUGCUCUCUCUCACGCACUCUCACUUGCACUCUCACGUGCACUCUCACGUGCACUCUCACUCGCACUCUCAUUCGCUCCCUCACGCGCACUCUCAUCCGCACUCUCACGCGCUCUCUCACGCGCACUCUCACGAGCUCUCUUACGCGCACGAGCACUCUCACGCGCACGCGCUCUCUCACACGCACGCGCUCCCUUACGCGCAUGAGCUCUCUCACGCGCUCUAUCACGCGCACUCUCAGGAGCACUCUCACUCGCACGCGCUCUCUCACGCGCUCCCUCACGUGCUCUCUCGUGCGCUCUCUCGUGCGCUCUCUCGUGCGCACUCUCACGCGCGCUUUCCUGCGUGUUCGCUCCCGUACAGACAACUGCCUGUCAUGCCUCCGUCCCCAGCAGCCACCUCCACGUCAUCGCGGCUUCGCACCGCGAUCGCGCAGUACGGACGCCUGGCAAUCGCCGUCCACAUCGGCGUGUCGACCGUGUCGUUCGCGGGCCUGUACCUUGCCAUUCGCAGCAGCAUCGAUGUGGAAGGGCUUCUGAACAGAGUAGGCCUCCUCCCCUCGCCCACGCACCCGUCUUCCGCGCCUCCGACCGAUGCUGCUCCUCCCUCGACGUCCCAUUCCGUGAAUUCGUUAGAACGUGAAGCCGCGUUGUCAGGGAGCGACCUAAGCUCGAGAGAUCUGCCAGAUUCUUCCUCUUCGGGCAUAGCGGGCAGAAAGGCCGAUCCAGGAUCAUCAGUAGCGACCAGGGAGCAGGCAAGAGCAGAACCCUCUGGUACGGGCUCUACUGGAGCAAAUUUAGCCGUUGGGAAUGGAGAAACCACUGAGAGUGGAGGAGCAGCAGCAGCUGGUUUGAUAGGAAGUGGUGGUGCUUUGGCUGUUGCUUGGCUCUGCAACAAGGCUCUGAUUCCUGUCCGUGUGCCCAUCACCCUGGCGCUCACCCCACCCAUUGCUAGAUUCCUGACAGCGAGAGGCUUCAGAAUUUAA